ACCCGAGUCGCUUCGUCGUAUAAGUAAGAGUUGCCAAAUUUGCUACAGUCGUCUUGUCUUAGAAUUCAUAUGCUUAGUAUUCAUCCUAAAUAUAACUAAACAAACACAGAAAUUCAGUUAGUAAGGACAUGAGUUAACUACAGGCAUGAAAAUAUUGACGAAACCGUGGCUGUGCCAACAUGAAGACAUUUCGCGGGAAAAUGGAAGGACGGACAACUGAAGAUGUGGAGGCAUUGUUGGAGUUUGCUAAGCUGGAGAAGUCUGAGCUUAAGGGUCACGUCCAGACACUGAGCUUUUCUCAGCAGUUGGACAAUGAGAGCUUAGUUCUUAUGGAGAUGGAUGCCACUGUACUAAGUUCUCUGUCACAGGGAGAUGAGGUGGUGAUUAGAGGGGGAGAGGAGGAUUAUGCUGUGUUGUGUACAGCCAACAGGACCUAUGACAUCAAGGAAGCCGACAUCUCUAACUCUCUGCUACUGGUGCCGGGAUGUGUAACGGGGAAAGACCUGGCAGGGGCGUGUGACACAGCUGAUAUCAGGCCCUUACAGGUGUGUUCAAUGUUACACAGUUAUUAUGAGCUUCGGCGGUGUAAGCCACGACUUAAAAAGCUGAAAGAAUUGUUGGAGGAAAAUUAUUACAGCGGCAAAGAGUGUGAGGAAGACGAGGAUCACCAUGGUAACAAGUACACAUUUUCAGAUCUGCUUAACUCAGUACAAGCCAGCCAGUCAGAGAUAUUAGAGGCUUUGAGAAAACUGCAUGCCUGUGAAAUAGAAGGUCAUUGGAGGUUGCUGGAGUUUGACUUUCUCACCAAAGUACUGGGCCACAUCAUCAGUUUAUCUGAGGAAAAUGAUUGGCUAUCAGAGGGGGCACCUGCUGAGGAUUACUGUGGUGAACUUGAGCCCCUUUUCCCGAGGUCUGUCUUACUGCAUGUUUUGGACUGUUACGGUAAUAAAGAGGACAAAGGAGGAAAGACUGUGUAUGUGCUUAAUGAGGACAAGGUCUGCAGGUUUUUUGCAGAGUUAUCUUUACGACAUGCAGAAAAAUUCAAUUUUAAAGAAUUCCUGGAAGUAUGGAAGCAGAGUGUACCACAGGGGAUGAAGACCAGUCUCUACCAGCUAGAGGGACUUGCCCUGAUUGACAGAUGUAGCCGACCUGAAGUGAUCUGGUUUUUCCCAGCGGACAAUCUACCAGAGGAUAUUGGCGAGAGGUUAAAUUUCCUGUUCAAGACAAGGGAGAAGUGGACACUGGAUGAGAUUACCCCAUAUAUCAGAGACUUGGCCACAGAGAAGGUCGGAGUGGGUGCCUUGUUGAUGAAGUACUGCAGAGCCUCUAUGCAGAAUGGAAUCAAAGUUUACAACUCCAAGAAGCCAGUGACAUGACAAAAAACACUAGAUGACUUAUAAACAGGGAACAUUUACAAGGAUAUCGUUUGCCUGGUUGACCGAUCAGUGAACAAGGACCUGAAAUGGCGUUUGCGUGGCGUCCUGGUCCCUUGUGUCGAGAAUUUACAAAGGUUGUGGCAUAAGUUUAGGUGAUUUCACAUUAAAGCUGGCUAGUGUCGCAACACUUUUAUUACAUCUUGGGCAUCGCUUUGCACACGUCACUUCUGACACAGUGCUGGCUCCAGUUAGUGACGUUGCUGUACAAGCUAUAAGUGAAUAAAAAUGUAGUAUAUUUAUGUAAUUGAUACGCGUUAAGAUGCCAGCUUUUUAAGAUUAUGUCAAUGAACUGAAAAAACAAGGCAUUUGAGAAUGGGAUUACAGUUCAAAUUCCUCUGGGCAUACUAAACAGAUGGAUCAUGUAGCGUGUGGGAUAUGAAGGUAAUUUUCAAGGAGCAGUAGGUAUAUUUUACAUCCGACUUAUCCAGUUAUUCUGAUUGCUGAAAAGCAUAACCCUGUUCUUUUCUUCACUACAGCUGGACUUUUUGAAAAGACAGCUUGAAAUUAAUGGUGUCGUUACUUGUACAAGUC